AUGAAAUCAGAUGUUUCUAAACAACCCUCCCUCUCAUCCAUUCCCCCCAGCGAGUUAAAGCAGGCGCUGGACGAGGAGGGCAGUCGCUGCCUCCUGUUGUCACGGCAGCGUUGCUUCAACCAGCGCUGCUGCAUCCGCUGCUGCGCGCCCUUCAGCUUCCUGCUCAACCCCAAGCGCCGCUGUCACGACUGCCUGUACAGCGUGUGCAAGGCCUGCAGACUCUACCACAAACACGACAAAGCCUGGCUCUGCUCCGCCUGUCAGAAGAGCAGGCUGUUGAAGAAGCAAUCGCUGGAGUGGUUCUACGCCCACGUCAAGGUGCGCUUUAAGAGGUUCGGCAGCGCCAAGGUGCUGAAGACAAUUUACCGGCGACACCUGGCAGAGCACAGCGUGCUUUCUGAGCUCACAGAGGGCAGCGCCUACGAGGACAGCAUCUGCAAUGAAGGGAGCGUCUGCGGCAGCGACGCCACUUUCUACAGACAAACUGAAGAGCACAGCAUGGCCGAGUCACUCACCGUGGCUCUUCGGGUGGCAGAGGAGGCCAUAGAUGAGGCCAUUUGCAACGCCGAGAUCGACACUGCCACUCAGGGGAAUCGAACUGAAGCACAAUACCUGCGUGAGCACAAGGCAGAGCUCAUCGAGGAACUGGCCAAGACCAUCAUGCAGAAGAUCAUCUCCGGGAGGAAGACUUUGGCUGACACGAGGGACAAGUGCGAUCAGGAUGUGCCUGAUCUUGAGCGCGACCCCGAUCUCCAUCACCAUGGCGACCAGGCCGGCAGCACCUUCAAACACCUCAAAGGCCUCUGGAGGUCCCAGUCCGCCUUCUCACUGGUGGAUGACAACCUUCCAGCAGGUCUGGUCCAAGAUGCUCUUCAGGCGUUACAUAAGGAAGAAGACAGCGCAGCUGGGACUACUUGGACUAGUGUCGAACGUUUGGAAAACUCUGGUGUGUCCUCAAUGCUGAAGAGCCCAGAUGGGAACUGGAUUGCCUUGCAGAGUUCCCAAUUGUCGCGUCCCAGCCUGCUGGCCAAGAGGAAGAGUCCGGUCUACAGUGCCCUGGAGAGGGAGUCUGGGGCGGUGUCCGCAUACGAGGGCAUGGACUCCGACAACGAAGCCAAACCCGAGCCGGACACCUCCUGGGGCGCCAUCCUGCAGGAGUUCCACAGGAAGAUGACGGGCUCCAAAGUCAGGCGUCCAGCCCACAACAGAGCUCGUUCGGAUUCCGAGAGGAGUAAAAAGUCCCCGCUGGAUACUUUUAACAAGCGAGGAGCCGCUGAGCCGAAGCGACCGCCGUCGUCCCGCAGGACCAGCAUCAUGGACGUCAACUUCAACGUAACGACGGAGGAGGGCAUCACCAGAAGUGAGGCUGCGGUGGGAAAAGUGAAGAGAGCUCGGAAGAAGAGGAGAAGUAAAAGAAGGGCCACUCUUUCUGGACCUCCACUAGAUUUCAACAGGAAGGACGGCCAGUCUGGUUCCCCCUCUGAUGCUGAGACUCCUGACCCUUUGACGCCUGACGCCACAACUCCCAGUCUGUUACGCCAGGAGAGCGACACCCCCGAACACCAAAGCGAUCAAGUCGAUCCAGAGUCCAGUCAAGAGUCCAUGUCGGACUCCUCGCUCAGAGACGAAGCAAACGAUGAUGACGACGCAGAGGAGGUGGAAAUGGGAAGCGAAGAUGAGAGGACGGCAGUGGACUUCGCUGUAGACAGAGAAGAGGAAGAGGAGGUCAAAGCCAGGUUAUACAAGCUGGUAGCACAAUCCAGACUAGCGUACUUCUCGUCCACUGAUGAUGAGCUGGACAGAGCGGGGAGAAGUGAGGAAGACGGAGGGUGCGAUGAAGAGGAUAAGACGGAAAGACUCUCCCACAAACUCUGUCAGCUGGAGGAGGAGGUCCGGGCUGCCAUGUUGUCCUCCACGGAGGACGAGCUGGACAGAGUAACGGAUGGAGAGAAGAACGAAGAGGAGGAGGAAGAGGAGCUGGCGGUCAAAGUGUGCAGGUUGGCCACGCAAGUUGGCGCCACUCAGUUUUCAUCCACCGAGGACGAACUGGACCGGGAGGAAGUGAUGCACGAGGAGACGCUGUGGAGGUUGCAGGAGGACAAGGCGGCACCGGCGGCGCAGGUACGCCACCUGGCCAGUCUGGUCAGCGCCUCCCAGUUCUCCUCCACCGAGGACGAGCUGGAUCGAGUCGGUGAGGACGAAGCGCAGAUCGACCAGGGAGGAAGUGGACAGCCGAGCCUAAGUGAGGAACUCUCUGAGGACGCGACGGGAGAACUUCGGGAAAGAUUGGAAUCCAUGGGAGACGUGGAAGUGGACAUGUUUGCUUUAAGCCAACAAAAUGAGGAAAUGAGAGAGAACCUUCUAGAUUCUACGGACCAGUACGGUGAAGUAAACCUAGAGGAAUCUAAUGGCAGGAUGUCUAAGGACAUCCUUCUUGUAUCAGACAAGAACGAGAGAACCUCAAAGGAGACAAUAAUCAGACAAGAAUUCCAGCCAGAGGUGAAGAUGUCCGACCAAAGAGAAGAAAGACAAGAGGAAAAACAGGACAUUCUUGGAGGAAGGGAAGGAGACCUUCUUGGGACACAGUUGGAGACCACCGCCUCAGUCAGUGAGGAUGAUGCGGAGAUCGACCAGGGAGGAGGUGGACAGCCGAGCCUAAGUGAGGAACUCUCUGAGGACGCGACGGGAGAACGUCGGGAAAGAUUGGAAUCCAUGGGAGACGUGGAAAUGGACAUGUUUGCUUUAAGCCAACAAAAUGAGGAAAUGAGAGAGAACCUUCUAGAUUCUACGGACCAGUACGGUGAAGUAAACCUAGAGGAAUCUAAUGGCAGGAUGUCUAAGGACAUCCUUCUUGUAUUAGACAAGGACGAGAGAACCUCAAAGGAGACAAUAAUCACACAAGAAUACCAGCCAGAGGUGAAGAUGUCCGACCAAAGAGAAGAAAGACAAGAGGAAGAACAGGACAUUCUUGGAGGAAGGGAAGGAGACCUUCUUGGGACACAGUUGGAGACCACCGCCUCAGUCAGUGAGGAUGAAGCGGAGAUCGACCAGGGAGGAGGUGGACAGCCGAGCCUAAGUGAGGAACUCUCUGAGGACGCGACGGGAGAACGUCGGGAAAGAUUGGAAUCCAUGGGAGACGUGGAAAUGGACAUGUUUGCUUUAAGCCAACAAAAUGAGGAAAUGAGAGAGAACCUUCUAGAUUCUACGGACCAGUACGGUGAAGUAAACCUAGAGGAAUCUAAUGGCAGGAUGUCUAAGGACAUCCUUCUUGUAUCAGACAAGAACGAGAGAACCUCAAAGGAGACAAUAAUCAGACAAGAAUUCCAGCCAGAGGUGAAGAUGUCCGACCAAAGAGAAGAAAGACAAGAGGAAGAACAGGACAUUCUUAGAGGAAGGGAAGGAGACCUUCUUGGGACACAGUUGGAGACCACCGCCUCAGUCAGUGAGGAUGAUGCGGAGAUCGACCAGGGAGGAGGUGGACAGCCGAGCCUAAGUGAGGAACUCUCUGAGGACGCGACGGGAGAACGUCGGGAAAGAUUGGAAUCCAUGGGAGACGUGGAAAUGGACAUGUUUGCUUUAAGCCAACAAAAUGAGGAAAUGAGAGAGAACCUUCUAGAUUCUACGGACCAGUACGGUGAAGUAAACCUAGAGGAAUCUAAUGGCAGGAUGUCUAAGGACAUCCUUCUUGUAUCAGACAAGAACGAGAGAACCUCAAAGGAGACAAUAAUCAGACAAGAAUACCAGCCAGAGGUGAAGAUGUCCGACCAAAGAGAAGAAAGACAAGAGGAAGAACAGGACAUUCUUGGAGGAAGGGAAGGAGACCUUCUUGGGACACAGUUGGAGACCACCGCCUCAGUCAGUGAGGACGAAGACGUCGAGUUUGACAGAGUCAUUAGCAGCAUGUUGACGAUGACGCUGGAGGAAAUGCAGAAGGACAUCAGGUUAGACCAGAGGAGAGAGGGCACAGAGACCGACGAGGAGACGAAUGAGGAGCUGGAAAUGAAAAAGGACACAGAGACAGACAACGAGAGCAAAUAUGAUACAAAGACAGAGGAAGAGAGGAAAGAAGACGCAAACACAGACGUGAAGACAAAGGAGGACUUUAAGACGGACGGCGAGUGGAAAGAAGACACAAGGCCGGACAAAAGUGGAAAUGAGUUUCCAGUGACGGAGCAGGACAACAACAAAGUUGCAAAGACAGAGGAGAUGAAAGACGAGCAGAAGGAGGACUCAAAGACAAACACAAACAAUAAAGAAGAACCAAAGACUGACAAUGAAAAGAACCAGGGAGAAAAUAUAGACGCUGAGAAGGAAGAGGAUUCAAAGACCGACAAAAACAAGGACCAGGAUGCAAAGAUGGACAAGGAGAGGAAAGGAAAUUCCAAGACUGACAAGGACUGGAACGAGGAUCAGAAGGCAGACAAGGAAAAGAAAGAGGACACAAAGACAAGCGAGGUGAGGAAUGAGGAUGGAAAGACAGAGAUGGACACACAAACUGACCAGGAGACAAAAGGACUUGAAGACAGACAAGACAAGGAGAAGAUCGACGAUACAAGGACAGACGAUGGGAAGAAAGAAGACAAGGAGACCAUUAUGGACAAGAACAAGGAUGAAAAGUACAAGGAGAGAAAGAAAGACAAAAAAGAGAUUCAGAAAUCCUCAGCAGCGUCCCUAUGCAGUAUUUCCACUGAGGUUCUGAAGGUGCUCAAUGCCACUGAGGAGCUCCUCCAGGGGGUGGAGGGUCGGGGGAGUCGCAGACCUUCCACCUGGUCUUUGCCUGCCAAUGCUGACCCCAAGAAACUAGACCAGCGUUUCUCGCAACUGGAAGAGAAAGUGUACGUGGCAGCCGGGUCAGUGUUCGGGGUGGAGGCGGAGCUUAGCGACCUGGAGGAGCGGGCCAGGGAUAUCAGCAGCGCCACGUCCGACACGGAGCUGUCCUCCCUGGAGGAGCAGGUGGCGUCGGCCGCCGCUCGGGUGCAACAGUCCGAGCAACAGAUCAGCGACAUCUCCGCGAGGAUCGCCGCCCUGAGGAGCGCCGGUCUCAAUGUGGACCCGCAGUCUCGCGUCGCCAAGACCGCGACGGUCCCAGUCAUGCCUCUCACCCUGAACUCGUCCAGACAGCGGAGGAGACGACUGCCUGCACUCCCACGUGGAGAAGACAAGAAGAGCUCACCUUGAAGGAACGUCGGUGGUUCUAAAAGUGCCUUCAGUCAUCACUUGCAGGUUCAGUCUAACAUGCAACAUAUAAGUGUUAUAAAGUGUAUUAAUAAUCUUCAUAUAGUUUAUAAAUGAUGACUUUCCGGAAGAAAAGAACAGCCAAGACAAAUGUAUAUGUGUACACGUAAUAUCUUUGUGAGCAUUUAUAAUAUAGUAGUGUACAUACAGUAUAUUGCCAAAAGUAUUUGGCCACCCAUCCAAAUGAUGCAAAUCAGGUGUCCUAAUCACUUGUAUAAUAAAUCAAGCACUUAGGCAUGGA